GGUAAAAUUAAGUCGUUUGAAUGAUCGAUGGAUAAAAUGUCGAAGGAUUGUAUGUUAGAGAGAGAAAUUAACCCACCAUAUUGAAUCGAUUUUCGGCAAAAGGAAAGAUAAUCCAUGAGACGACGAAUAUCUGCCAUGGUCAGCGGAUAUGUUCAUGUCAAUUUUUCAAUCACUUUUUAAACAACAUGGCGCGUAAUUGUGAGAAAAAAUUAAUUGGUUUGAAUCGAAUGUACAUCAAACAACAACAAGAAGAAGAAAGUAUAAAACGUCCGAAACGCCCUCCUCUGAAACAUUUAAAAUCUGCCCAAGAGGUGAAGAAAUGGAUUCCUAGCAUCAAGAAAGAAUUGGAUUACUGUCUUGAGCAAUUGUCUGGAGCACGAAAGCAUACAUAUCCUGAAAAUAAAAUUAAAGAGUUUGAAGAGAAAGUCAUAGAACUUGAGAAGGAACAUAAGAAAUUUGUACAAAAGGUGUUUGAAUUAGAUCCUCAAACAUCAGGUGUACCAUGGCAACCAAGAGGAUAUGUGAGUAAAAGGAAAGCAAGUGAAAAGGAAACAUGAAAACCAGAAAAUAAAAGCAAAGAUUGGUAUAUCUAAAAAAAUCUGUACUCCCUUAAUGGAUAAAGAGAAGACGGAUGACAAAGGUUGACUUGAACCAGAUGCAACGAUUGCACUCAAUACCGCUUUUGGCCAAUUAAUUGAAUCAGUAAAUUAUUUGGCUGCCAAUACCCUAAUUAUCUUGUCAAUAAUGAACAGUUUAUUCUGAGGUUAGUAAAAAUUGUGAACUUGUGUGAAUUACUAUUAUUUAAGAUGUUCACAAAGUAUUUAUAUACGUAAGAAAGUUAUCCCAAUAAUUCUUUCAUUUACAACUGUGUGUGAUGUAGUUUCUCAAAUCAUGAGAUAUUCAUACACCUAAUUAACAUAGAAAAGUUUAAAUCAUUAUGUGUGAUAAUUUUUUAUUGUCACUUGUAUAAACAUCAUUCUCAUGCA